CCUGACCCCAGUGCUUUACAAACCCUACCUACAGCCCUGCUUUCACCCACAGCAAACUGUUUCCGUGUAACGAGGUGAGUCUCCGCUUUCCGGGCGGCCGCGACAGCGAAACAAACGAACACGGAUACAGCGAUGGGAGUGGCCAGACAAUCGGAUUGGAUAACAGGAUGUGAGUUGAGCUGUUUUGGGGUGAGGCGGUGUGUCCUGGGGUGCACAACUUUCUGCAUGUUUGCGCAGUUUCGCAGCGCUUCACACACUCUGGAUAAACCGACACGCAGCGCGCGCGGAGCUGCGGGGUUUGUCAGCAACGUGUGCAAAUCAGCGGAAAUACCAGAGCAGGCCGCUGCACGGCACCGUUUCCACACUCUCACCGUGUCGUGUGUGGUUUACUCGUUGAUGCGGGGAGAAAGUUGUGGACAUUUUUUUCCCCCAAGUGCACGGUUUGACGGAUACUAGUGUGCAACAUUGUGCCCACGGCGUUAAUGCGCCUCUCCAAGCCUGUCCGGACUUUGGAUUAUGUCAUCGUGGGAUUGUAAAGUCGCCUGUUCGCCAUAUUGUGCGCUGUGAAACUCGAGGGAAAGUUGUCAGAGUUAUGACACUCGCUGCGCACAAUCCCUUCAUGGAGCUGCAUGCAGUCGACUUUGAUCGAAACCAAAGUGACUCCAUGGAGCUGGCCAUGGAGAGCUCCGUGCGCCACUGAUCAGGUCUGGUACCAUAAAGAGGAUGAGAAGAAUGGACAGGAAACCUCAGAUUUGAUUGUGGAAGGAGGGUUGCGUGCUCCCCACCCUGCACUUUCAGUUGGGAUUUAUAUUUCCUCCCAGAUACCUCUGUAUACACAAUUAAACAAAGAGUUCCUGAGCCACAGGCAGUGAGCAGCACACUACAGAGGCAGUCACAGUUUGCAUCCCCCAGAGAUUAAGAUUGAGAGCUCUGACUCCAACAGUACCUUGUGAUAUUUACUAUGAGUCUUCCUCCUCAAGUUAAUACUGACAAGAGCGGCAAGCAUCGGGCUGCAGCCAUGAAGGAGCCUGUGCAGCAUUCAGGGGAGGUGUAUUAUGGUAUGGGACCUCCGGCCUUAGAGUCGAGCCACAGUGACUCUGCAAGCAGCUCUGGUGUUUACAACCAUGAGAAAGGGCCCCAGAGUCUACCACACUAUCAGCAGGCUGCUCAAGUAAAGUGGAUGCACCAGGACUCGGUGCAGCCCCCCGGCUGGUCUCAGGAAGCUCCCGUGCCAGCCUGGGGGCAGAACUUUGGUCCCUACAUGGGUGGAGUGAAUGUCAGAGGUCAGAUGGCGUUCCAUAAAGGAGUCCACGAGGGUGUAGCUCUGCCAAUGGGGGGAGAGAAUCAACUGCCAGGACCUGUUGAGGUUUACAGAGAUGUUGCCCAGGCUCAAGCUCAGGGGAGGGGGCUGGAGUGGGAGCAGCAUGCUGCGGCUGCAAUGCACCAAGCUCAGCUGCAGGCUGCCUAUCAGCACGCCCACAAGGGCGUGGAGCUCCAGGGUCAGCCCCACGUGCCCUCUCACACUUUACAGGGGUCCAUGCUGCAGCCCUUCCAGACCACAUUCAGGCCCAGCAAGCAGCAGUUUUCAUCAGGUUAUUACUCUGUUUUUCCAGGCAACAAGGGGAUGUCGGGCCUGCCGUACGGCGACCAACCUAAAUCUCAACAGCAGUUGCUGCACCAGAUGCAGCAGCAGCAGCAGCAGCAGCAGCAGCAGCAGCAACAAAUGCAUCACCAUCACCAGCAGCAGCAACAGUUGCAGCAGCACCACCUUCAGUUGCAACAGCACCAACAUUUGCAGCAACAGCAGCAGCACCAAAUCCAGCAGCAUCAAAUGCAGCAGCAACAACAGUUGCAGCAAAUGCAGCAACAGUAUCACCAGCAACAGAUACAGGGGCGACAGCAACAAAUCCAGCAAAUGCAACAACAGCAGCAAGUGCCACAACAAUCUGUGCCACAGCAAGAAACGACACCACCACAGGUGCAACCAAAACAGCAACAAACCCAAAACAUUGCAACUUUUCAGCCUCCUGAGCCGGGUCCACCUGACGCUGCGACUAAAAAGGAGGAUGCCCAGCCAAUGGAGCCGCAGCAGAAACCAGAGGCGAAAGUCAGUGACGCAUCAUCCGCACCUGAUCCAUGCCCUGAAAAGGUCGCCACAAAUCCCGCAGAGCCUUCAGAUGCGAUGCUAGCUGCCCCUCGGCGCUCGCGGCGCCUUUCCAGAGAAGGCCAGUCCCCACUGGGACCCCCUUCAACAAACAUCUGGUCUCAAGCAACCAAAGAGCUUCCAGCACCCCAGAACGGAGUAGCAGGCACCCAGGCUGUGAGAGGAGGGGAAGUGACGACAGGAGGGGUCAUCCGCAGGAGGAGGAGGGCGUCUAAGGAGAUCAACCUGGAGACUCUGGCCCAGCAGGCGUCAGUGAUGGAGCCUGCUAAAAUGAUCAAGGAAGAUGGCUCUUCAGGCAGACAGUCCACCAUGGUGCCUCUGGUUAUCCCGGUGUCUGUACCAGUGCACAGGAGUCAAACAGACCCUCAGGGCGGCUGGGCUCAGGGACGAUUCGGCCCAGGUGAGCGGCCCGCGGGACAGUCCGAUCGCAAACCGUCAGUCAUCGUGGCUCGUCGGCGAUCGCUCAGAAAUUCCCUAACGGAGAGUUUUGGCCAGGACGGGGAAAACGAUCCAGGGCCUGAUGAGGAUGGAAAAUCCAAAUUCAAGCGCCGACCUCGUCCCCAGCCUCUCAUCAUCCCUCCACACAAACCAUCCACCUUCAUCCCACCAUCCCUCUACUCCAACAUCACCGCCUACCAGAGCAACCUGCGCUCUCCAGUCCGCCUGCCGGACAACCCCCUCACCCUGCCCCCGUACACGCCACCACCAAUCCUGUCUCCUGUGCGCGAGGGCUCGGGUCUCUACUUCUCCACCUUCCUGACCAACAUCGCCGUAAGCAACCAGAUCCUGCCGCCACCGCCUACACCCAAAUCUGCGACACGCAGCCUGUUGCGCUCCACGAGUUCAGAAAUCACACCUCCUGUUAUGCCCUUGAUCACUGACGCCACACCUGCGAGCCUUGAACCACGUAUCAACAUCGGGCUGAAGUACCAGGCAGAAAUUCCAGAGAUGCAGGAUCAACCUUGCUCCCAGUUGGACCAGCACAAGGCUGACCUGGUUUGGCUCCCUAUAGAUGACUCCAACCUCAAACACGGUGACCAAGAGAGCAUGGAGGAUUUGAUGAGCAUGGCGUGUUGCAGUGUGCUCCAGGGCGGAGGAACCAACCAGGAGCUGGUUUUACACUGUUUACAUGAAUGUGGAGGUGAUUUCCUUGAAACUCUGGGACGUUUGAUGCUUCAGGACCCAGUUUUCCCCAAAGGUCAUCACCUGGCAGGUUAUCACUACUCAGGCUCCGACUGCUGGACUGCAGAAGAGAAGCGCUACUUCAACAAGGGGAUCUCUGCCUACAGGAAGGACUUCUUUAUGGUGCAGAAAUUGGUGCGGACCAAGACUGUGGCUCAGUGUGUGGAGUUUUACUACACGUACAAGAAACAGGUGAAGGUCGGUCGCAACGGGAUUUUAACCUUCGGCCCUCCAGACUCACCCGUGGAGAAGCACACGGAGGCUGUGGUGGACAUUAAGAGUUCACAGCAGUCCAAGUUGACUCAAGGAGAGACGGACGGAGACGAGAAGAAGGACCCUUCCUACGAGAGCAGCCAGCAGGCCAGGGUUGCUCGGUCACUACAGGCUCAUGACUAUGCAGGGCCAGUGUUGGUGAUCAAAGAGCCAGACGCUGUGAAUAAGGAGGCUCACCACCCGUCAGUACCCCACAGGCAACGAGGCGAGCCUGCAGCAAAGAAGAGCAGAGCACCAGCGAAGCCCCCACCAGAUCCUGAUGCAAUAUUUCCAUGCAAGAAGUGUGGCAGGGUGUUUUACAAAGUGAAGAGUCGCAGCGCUCACAUGAAGAGUCAUGCGGAGCAAGAGAAGAAGGCUGCGGCGCUGCGUCAGAAAGAGGAGGAGGAGCAGGCGGCAGCUGAACUUCGGGCCAGGAAGGCGGUGGCGGCGGCGGCAGCGGCGGCAAAUCAGAGAGGAGAUGGGAACGGAGAGACGGAGCAGGCAGAGCUCAGCAGCCAGGAAGACUCAACUGAGGGAGAGGAUGAUGAUGACGAAGACUGGCACUGAGAGACAAAAAAAACAGGAGAGGAGAGAGUGAGAGGAUGGAUUGAUGGGUACAAAGAGGGUAGAGAUGGAGGUGGAACCAGAGGCAUGAAAAAAAGACGUCUUGCCUCACGGAGAGCAGAAGAGAAAUCUUCCUGUUAAUCUUCACACUCCUUUCCCGGCUGGCACCAUGUGACCGUUAUCCAUCAGCCAGCCAGUCACACUCCACACCUUCACACAUUUUGUAUCUUUUAAAUAUUGAGAGGAAGUUUAUUUUUUGUAAAUGCACUUAUCCCCUAUGCUUCUGCUUUUGCCAAUAUUGCCUUUUUAUAUCCUUUUAUUUAAUUGAAUAUAUGUCAAAACAUCAUACAUCUUCACUGCGUGGACUUCAUGGUUAUAUGAAAUUUCGUAAGAUAAUCGGGAUGCCUGUUUAGCAAUAAAACAUCAAGAUCAAAGCAAUCUUUCACUUUACAGCAGCAGCCCUUUUAAAUAAAGAUAGAGCUUUAGAGUAUUUAUCUUUUUGGUAGGAAAAUACUGUGCUGAACUUUGCAGAUAUCCACCAGAUUUUUUAGGUUGGUUGCACACUUAUUUUUUACAACUAAGGGACCUUUGAAAUUAAUAUGUACAAAAAAGUAUAUAUGAGAUGGCCAUAUAUUUAUGAUACUGCAUUUUUGCAAUGAUUUUGGUAAUAUAAAAACUAAUCAUGUCAGCUGCAACAAGACUUGUGAAUUGAAAAGUUUAUUAAAAUCUCUACUGUUCAGAGAA